AUGAGUCUUGACAUGAAUGCUCUCCUCAUGAGACAGCAAGAGUUACUCACCCGUAUAUCCCGAGCAACGGAAAAUACGAGAAAGUUGGGCAAAUCCAACGUUACUCGAGGCAUCCUUGAAGCUCGCAUUAAAACGCUGGACUCCAACUGGGAGAAAUUUCAAGCCCAACAUGAGAUUCUCUGCACGCGAUUCUUCGCUGAACUCAGCGAAACCGAGUACUUCACAACGGAUCUGUAUGAAACCACAGAGAAUGCUUACGUUAUGCAAUGGGGCACCCUGACUGACUGGGCAACCUGCCUGACGCAAACGGAGGGAAGUGGCAAUGCAGCAACCGCCUCAGCCAGAGAGGCCACUCCGCACAACCUCCUGCCGCGCAUCAACCUGCCUCAGUUUUCGGGUGCCAUUGAGGACUGGCUCUCCUUCCGCGACCUGUUCCUCUCCGUCAUCAAUCGCCAUCACACGAUCACGGACGUUGAGAAGCUGCAUUACCUUCAAACGUCCCUGCAAGAUGAAGCGGCAAAAUUAGUGAGAGACAUACCUCUAAUCCACGGCAAUUUUGAGCGAGCCUGGGUUACGCUCCGGGAGUUUUACGAAAAUCAGCGAGUCUUGGUUCGCUCCAACUUCGCCGCUUUCACGGCUCUCGCAAAGAUGAAGAGCGAGUCCGCGAUCGAGCUGCGACGAAUCUUCCACGGCAUGACGAACACCAUGAACGCUCAGGAGAGCCUCGGUCGACCGAUCGCCACUCACGGCAUGGAUCUUUUCGUCCACAUCGCGGUCGAGCUCCUUGAUCCGCAAACUCGUCGCGACUGGGAGACCACCAUCCGGACAUCGUCGAAGCCUCCCGAGUACGACACCUUCCGAACCUUCGUCAUCGAGAAGAUGCGCUCGCUCGAGGCUCUCUCGCCGGUCACAUCCAAGGGUGAGUCCAAGACCAGCCAAGCCAAGGCUAGCGGCACGCGAUCCGCGAAGUCUAACCAUGCCAAGACCACCUCGGGAUCGGGCAGCUGCGUGGUGUGCAAGAACUCACACUACCUGAUGGGCUGUAGUGAAUUUCGAGCGAAGACUCCGAGCGAGAGAAAGAGCAUAGUUGAGAGCAAGAACCUAUGCUCUAACUGCUUAGGCAACCACCCUAUUGCCAAGUGUCCGUCGACCAAGACGUGCAUCAUCUGCAACGCGAAGCACCAUUCGCUGCUGCACGAUGGCACCUCCAAACCAGCGGUCGCCGAGGCCAGCACCCUCACGGCAGUGCAGCAUGGCGACGAUCGCAAGGCCAUUCUGCUGGCCACCGCACGCCUCUCCAUCACUGACCGCCAUGGAAAUCAGCAACCGGUGAGAGCUCUGAUUGAUCAGGGCUCAGAGGUCUCGCUGAUCUCCGAGGCGCUGGCGCAACGACUCAAGCUGCAGCGCUCCAAGUCGACCUUCACCAUCUUCGGCAUCGGGGGGACUCGUUCCGGCCAGGCUCGAGGGAAGGUCACCCUGCAGCUCACAUCAAAGGUGACUGGAGCAACAGUCACCGCGGUCGCCGUCGUUUUGCCGCAGCUGUCGCUCUACCACGGCACAGGCCUGCGACAGAUCGACGCCUGGCCGCACCUCCUCAACCUUCAAUUGGUUGAUCCUCAGUUCUCGGCCACUGAUCCAGUCGAGCUGCUGCUCGGCGCCGAGGUCUGCUCAGUCAUCCUUGAGGAGGGCCUUCGAAAAAGCGAUCCUGAGGCGCCCAUUGCCCAGCGCACCGCUUUCGGCUGGAUCAUCUCCGGCGGCGCGACCGCAGCGUCGCUGCACGGAGCUUCGUCCUGCCACGCCGCGAUCGACCACGAUCUCACUAGCCUGGUGCAAAGGUUCUGGGAACAGGAGGCGGAGACUAAGCCGGUCGCCGCCCUGACUCCUGCCGAGCAAGACUGA